UUAUUAGAGCUGGGGGAAGGGUAUGCAUGUGUUAAUGUGCGUGUGUGUUUGUGGGCGGAGGGGUGCAUGAUGUCUCUGUGGGCGUGAACAUCACCUGGCUGAUUCCAGCAUACCGAGAGAGACGACAGUAUAAAUGCACACAGGUGUUGGUGAACAGGCAUGAGAGAAGGACACACCUCCACAGUCUCAAUCAAUUGUAAAGAAAAGAACGACACAGACAGAGAGGAGAAAUCUUGAACUCUGGAUGUCAAACUACUUUCACUUCAGCUAAUAGAGGUUGGGGACUUGUAGAAAAUGUUUGGAUCUUUGAGCAAACGUUUCCAGGACUAUCUGGUGGAGCGAAGAAGUCGCAGAACCAGACUAGUAACCAAAGAUGGUCGCUGCAACAUUGAAUUUGGAAACAUCAAGUACAGCAAUCACUUUGCCUUCCUGGCUGACUUCUGGACCACCUUUGUGGAGAUCCGGUGGCGUUUUGUCCUCUUUCUCUUCAUCGCCGCUUUCACCCUAAGCUGGUUCAUUUUUGGCCUGCUGUGGUACUGGAUUGCCCGCAGUAAUGGAGACCUGACGUGGCAAAACCCAGAAUCAGACCACACUCCAUGUGUUGAUAAUGUUGUCGGACUCACCACAGCAUUCCUCUACUCCCUUGAAACCCAGACAACAAUUGGGUAUGGCGGACGAGCGAUCACCCCUCUCUGCCCAGGUGCUGUGGCCCUUAUCAUCAUCCAGUCCCUCCUCGGAGCCAUUAUCAACUGCUUCAUGUGUGGAGUCAUCCUGUCCAAAAUCUCUUUACCCAAAAAGAGAGCUAAGACCAUCACAUUUAGUGACAUGGCUGUUAUCAGCCCCAAAAAUGGUUCUCUUUGCCUGUCAAUCAGAGUGGCCAACCUGCGCAAGACCCUGAUGAUUGGAAGCCAGAUCUAUGGUAAGCUGCUCAGAACAACAAACACACAAGAUGGGGAGACAAUCAUCAUGGACCAGGUGAACAUUGACUUCAUGAUGGAUGCUGGGAAGGACAACCUCUUUUUUGUAUGUCCUCUCACACUCUACCAUGUCAUCGACAAGAGCAGCCCCUUCUUUGAGAUGGCAGUAGACACACUCCACAGACAAGAGUUUGAACUUGUAGUCUUCCUAGAUGGCACCGCAGAGUCCACCAGCUCUGCCUGCCAAGUUCGGACCUCCUUUAUUCCUCAGGAGAUCAUGUGGGGCUACAACUUCUUGCCUAUCAUCUCCAGAAGCAAGGAGGGCAAAUAUAGAGUAGAUUUCUCCAACUUCUCCAAGGCGGUGCCAGUGGCCACCGCACAUUGUGCUUACUGUUUCCACAACAUCAAGGGUAACCAUCACCACUCCAAAGAUGGACAUGACAACCAGGGCUUUGAGGUGAUUGAUAUCAACGAUCCUCCAAAUGUCACCAAGAUGUGAUACAUUGCAACGAACAUUAAAACUGAGACUGGUAGAAGCUGAUACCUCUCAUUGAUAAACUCCUCCAGACUCGCAGGUGGGGUUAACCAAUGGCAGGCAGCACAUUAUGUAGCAUUUAAAGUGAAGAAAACCUACUUAUUUGCCAUUCUAUUGUGUCGAACACAGAUAAGAAAGCCUUCUGUGUUUCAGGACAGUUAUUGUGAUCUAUUGUAAAACCACACCUGCCACUGUCUGCUGACCAAAAACCUGUUUUCAAAAGACGCAUCCAGGUCAUGCAAGACAGUGAGGCUACAAUUCAAGAACAAAAAAACAAAGUUUUCCCGAUUACUCGCACAUGUUUUAAAUGAAGUAAAAUGAGUGGUUCUAAUUUACCUCUGGUCUUGCACAUUUGGUUUACCAAGUAGGCAGAAAAACAAAGCAAAUGUAUUAUACUGUGUGUAAAUCUUGCAAUUACUUGAAGGACCAGUGUUGGGGAGCGGGACAGGGGAUAUGCUAUUGUCAUGGGUCAGAAAAAGUGAAGUGAAGUGGUUGUUAAAUAAUUUAUGCUAUGCUGAAGUACACAAAGAGACACUUUGACUUAAACCAUUCGACUAUGCUUAACUGAGGCACUAGUAAAUUGUUGGACUCUGGGCCCACUCUUUUCAAGCAGUGAGUGAUAUAGUUGUGUAUUUCUCCUUGUGAAGUGAGUGAAGACAAUGCGAGAGAACAAAGCUCUCAGGAAACACUUAAAAUAUGGCUGCACACAGCACUGAGUAUAGUAUGAAAAUCAGUUUUGUUUUCUUUUUUGUAUUUGAUCUCAGGGGAAAAUACACAGGAAUAAAUAUUAUAUAAAUGCUAUCUUUGCAUUCAAAAUUACUGUGUCACUCUUAUUAUUCUCUGAACCAAAACGCCAGAUAAGGACUGUGAUCAAAACGGUCAAUGCCAUGUAAUGACAGGUGUCAACCCCUAUCACGGCUUUUCAUCUGUAAACAAAGUGAAGUUGUGUCAGCAAACAGAAAAUCAACCAGUGGCGAUUCUAGUCCCUUGGGGGCCUUUGGCAAAGAAGACUGUUCUGUACUGUAUGGCCUUGAAACUGAAUGUAAUUGAUUGUUUUGCAAUAUUGUAUAUUUAUUGCUAAUCAUCUUUUGAUGUUAAUAACUUUCUGUACUGCUUUUGCUAUAAAGGAUAUUUUUCUCAUACCAGUCAUACCAAUAAAGUGGUGGUUAGAAAAAUUUCUUCAUUGCUCCUGAGGCUUAAAAAAUGAAAGAAAAAAAACAUGGAAAGAAAGUUAUUUUUUCCCCCAUACAUUGAGAAAACAACAGGGGCAACUGACCUCUAUCAGGCUUUACAACGAGAUAAUUAGAUGGCAAAUAUGUAGAAAA